AAUUUGUUUGUAACUCAUUAGAGUCCCCUUAGGACGGAAGAAUGCACUUAAACAAACCUCGUUUCUAUGCGGAUCAUAUGUCAAGUGCUAACUUUGAUCCUGUUUGCAAAUAUGCGUGCUACAUGAAUCAUCAAUAUACUCAACCUCAACUCCGGAAAUUCUCUCUCACGGAAUGUCUUCCAUCAUAGAUGGUUGGAACGGUGGGGAAAAUGUUCGCUUCUCUUGACGACGCGUCGUGGUAUCACGGUCGAAUCACACGGGAUCAAGCGAUUGAAAUCUUGCUUCAGAAUGGCAGACAAGAGGGACUGUUCCUUGUCAGAAAUAAAGCUGGUGGAUCUGAAGACAACUUUGUUUUGUCCCUAUGGCAUGGAAAUCAGGCGCUUCAUUUUCAAAUACAGUCUCGCGGAGGGAUUUAUUAUUCCAUAGACGAUGGACCGAGUUUUGAGGGUUUGGAUUCGCUGAUCGAAUACUACAGAGAACAGGCGGACGGUCUACCGAUUAGACUUACUCAGUUUUGUCAGGGGAAUCCGCCCCCUGCUUCAUGUAGAAAACAUGGAGUGACAACUCCACUUCAUCUUGCUUGUGCAGAGGGUAAUUUCAAACUCGUAUUGGGUUUGCUUACUGGACAGAAUCAAUCUGACAUUACUACAAGGAACGAAAACGGCGUAACGCCACUUCACGAAGCUGCGCUUCGUGGAGAUGAAGAUAUUGUCUCAAUCUUGUUAAGACAUGGUGCUGACACAAAGAGCAAAGACGAUGGUGGAAACACGCCGCUACAGGUGGCUUGCUAUGGAGGAUUUGCAACAAUUUGCUCCACACUCAUAACAGAAGGUAAAGCCGAUGUUCAGGAUCGCUCUCCUGUAACUGGCUUUGUGGCCCUUCACAUAGCGGCGUUAAAAGGUUAUGAUGAUUGCUUGAAAGUUCUACUGGAGCUUGGAGCUCCACUUCACCCUCGAUCAACAGAAGGAGACACGCCCAGAGACCUUGCAAUUAAAUAUGAUCAUUUGCAUAUUGCAGAAAUAAUUGAUAAUUAUCCUGUGCAGCCUCCAAAGACUUUGCCGAGGAUGUGGUUACAUGAAAAUUUAGGUAGACAGGAAGCCAUUGCACUAUUUAAAAAAUUUGGAUUAGUUGAUGGGUUGUUUCUUGUGCGGUUGAGCACUCGUGACCAUGGAUAUUAUGUACUCUCAGUUGCUGUCAACAGUUUGAUUUACCAUUAUCAGAUACGAAGCAGGUCUGAUAGGUGGUUCUACAUUGACGAUGGCCCACUUUUUGAAACCCUGCCGCAUAUUAUUGACCACUACAGUAGAUGCGCAGAUGGACUUCCUGUCCUUCUUAAGAUGGCUCUGCCUCCAGACGGCAACCCACCAAUUGAUAUUCAUAAGAUUCCAAUACCACCUGUAAGGAAGCGAGUACUUUUAACACCUGCUGUGAGCUCCCCUGUGCUUAAUACUUCAAGUGGUAGAUCCAUACCUGGAAGGAAUCCACUCCAAAGGGCUGGAUCAGCUGAAACCCUUCAUGCUGACCAAAGUCCUCAAAGGAGGCACCCUCCAGUGUUACAGAGAUCCAUAAGUGACGCCAAUAGCCAUCCUCCAGGCAUCAGCAAUGGAGAAAAUUUAGGUAAACCAGAAGAUAGACAACCUCUACCUCUUCCAACAAAACCUCCUCCUAGAGGGCAACGACGGCCUCCCCCACCUCUACCACAGAAUCCCAAUCCCACAAGUCCAGCCAAACCAAGUGUUCCUGUUCCACAAAGUUCUGCAAAAUUAAAUACUGUGGCAACCUCGCAAGGUCCUAUGCAGUCCACAUUGAUCAUGAAACAAUCCCUGGAACUUGGAGCUGAGCUUGGCCAGGGAGAGUUUGGUUCUGUCUUGAAAGGGAUAUGGACAGACCCCAAAGGAAACAAGGUCCAAGAGUUAGUGAAGAUGGGAGCUUUACUGGACUUCCUAAUCGAUUACCAAUCAGAAAUUUCUCAAAGGGACCUUAAAUUGUGGGCAGCUCAGAUAGCGUGGGGUAUGAUGUACCUGGAAAAGAAGCGCUUCGUACAUAGGGACCUGGCAACAAGGAACAUCCUCAUGUCUACCAAACAACAGGUAAAAAUUAGUGAUUUCGGUCUGUCUCGUGCUACUGGCUCGGGAAGCGACUACUACAAAGCUUCACAAGGUGGCCGCUGGCCAGUUAAGUGGUAUGCACCGGAAUCUAUCAACUUCGGAACGUUCUCGCAUCAGAGUGACGUCUGGAGCUAUGGUGUGACACUGUGGGAGAUGUACUCGUUUGGUCAGUUACCAUAUGGCGAGAUGUCAGGGGGUGAGGUAAUACGUAUGUUGGAGGAAGACAACAAUCGGCUUGAAAGACCUGACGCAUGCCCAGAACAGACCUAUUCACUGAUGCUCCAAUGCUGGGAUCUAAAGCCGGAGAAGAGACCAACGUUUGCAGAGCUGCACAAUAUUUUCAGCACAAAUCCCUUUUACGCCGAUGUAAAGCUGCCUUUAAAAGAUAAAUCCACGAGCUAAUCAACAGAAAUAGUAAUCGAUUCGUUGUAGGAUAAAGGAACUAAAGCAUAGAAGUGGUUUUCCAAGUUCUAGAAAUUGAAGUGCUCUUUGUAUCCCAUUUGUUGCGAAUUUAUGGUCUUGCGUGACGUGACGCUUUUAGAGACUGGCGUCAUGCAAGCCGCGUAAAAAAAAUACAUCGCGUUAGUCUGCUAGAAUAGGAAAUCAAAUAAAUAUUUACUUCAAUGAAAAAGUAAAAACCGAAAAAAUGUUGACAGAGAAAGAAGGACAAGUCAAUUGAGUGUAGGGCCGGCUGUGCUGGCAAAAGGGAACCAAUAGACCCUGGUGGAAAAUGGUCGUCUAGUCUUCUCGCCAAAGGGGUGAAAAAAGUGUAUUUUUUUUGUUCCAAAAUCGAAGAGCUUUUAGAGCAAUAAUUUUCAGGUAGAAGUUCUGUUUCGUGCUGUGCAAACUUGAUAUCGUUCAAUUUUGAUAUUUUGAUGUUUUGAUAGUUUAACAAUUUUGCAAAGGUGUCCAAACCUGCCCUUGUGAGGAGUUAAAUUUUGUCAAAAGUUCUGAUUGACUCUGAUCCAUUUAUCUGUACAUCCAGAUGACACAUGUUGUAGUAGUGUUUUCUCUGAAUUUUUCUUCUUAUUUCCAGGCCAUCUCUCUUUUCUUUGCAGGAAAAGGCUAGAAACUAGAAUUAGUUUACCGCUUGGACUAGUUUAAAAUACACCUAAAAUAAUACUGAGAAUCAAAGGUGCGAAAUAAAGUGGCGAAAACGUUUUACGUGUUUGGUAAAACGUAAACCAAA